AGAUGGGGUCGGCCAGACGGGGCAGCAGCAGGCCCCUCGUCCGGGUCAACUGGCGCGAGGCGGCACUGCAGCGUCGGAAGGUGGCCGACUGGCAGCUGAUCGUCUGUGUCGUCACCACCGGCCUGGUGAUCAUGGUGUCGGGCCUCACCAUGUUCCUCGGCGCAUGGUUCAUACUCGGCAAGGAGGACCCGUUCAUACUGAUCGGGCCCGUGGUCUGCGGCUGCGGCCUCAUGGUCCUGCUCAUGAGCGUCGAGACCUGCGUACGCCGUCACAAAGUCGUCCAGCUGGCCGACGAGCUCAGCUCCGACGAGGAAGACGGACACUACAUCGACGAGAGUCUCAUCCCGUACGCGUUCGGCCAUUUUGUGGAGCAGCCGGCGCCGGAGACGCAGGACGCGUCUUCAGGCGAACAGCCGGUUGGUGAGCUGCGUCUGGAGACUCCUCUGCGUGCCCGUCGGGCGUGCCCGCCGGCGGCCGGCGCAGCCGACUGCCUCCAUCUGAGCAGCCUCUCCUCACACAACAGCGAGGAGCCGGUCCAGGUCCGGCCGGUGACCUCGAUCGCCGGCGGCGGCGCCGGGGCGGGUCAGAUGUCGGCGGCCAGUGAUGACCGCAUGUACGACGCGUCGCUGGCGGCCGGGAGGGCGGCCAAGGACGCCGUCGCUCCACGCCGGGAUGUCGGCGGCCAGUGGUGA